CGAUACGCCCAAUGCCGCUUCCCCGUCGUCGCCGUCCAUCCAAUUAAACCCAACCCCCCUUUCCAUCUCCUCCAUUCUCCCCCCUUCCCUCCCCGCCGCCGCCGUCGACGCCAUGGCCUCCUCCGCGUCGGCGGCCUCGCCGCUCACCUGCCACCACCUCGGCAUCCGCCACCGCCCCCACCUCCUCUCAUUCUCCCUCCGCCGCCGCUCCACCUCCUCACCCUCCUCUAAGCCCACCUCCCUCUCCCUCUCCCACUCCCACUCCUACUCCCUCCCCAAGCCCCUGACCCCGUCCACGGCUCGCCGCCUCCUCCCGCCCGUCGCCGCGGCGCCGGCAUCUCCCCCCGCGCCGGUGUCACCGCCGGCGAAGCCAGCCCUGAAGGGCGCGGCCCUCAAGCCGCUGCUGGCUUCCAUUGCCACGGGGGUCAUCAUCUGGUUCAUCCCCGCCCCCGCCGGCGUGGCCCGCAACGCGUGGCAGCUGCUCGCCGUGUUUCUCGCCACCAUCGUCGGGAUCAUCACGCAGCCGCUGCCGCUGGGCGCCGUCGCGCUGCUUGGCUUGGGCGCCGCCGUGCUCACCCGCACCCUCACCUUCGCCGCCGCCUUCUCCGCCUUCGGGGAUCCCAUCCCCUGGCUCAUCGCGCUCGCCUUCUUCUUCGCUCGGGGGUUCAUCAAGACGGGGCUCGGGAACCGCGUCGCCUACCAAUUCGUUUCGGCCUUCGGGGGCUCCACGCUCGGCCUCGGUUACUCGCUCGUCUUUGCCGAGGCGUUCCUCGCGCCGGCAAUCCCCUCGGUCUCCGCGCGGGCUGGUGGCAUCUUCCUCCCGCUCGUGAAAUCCCUCUGCGAGGCGUGUGGAUCGCGCACUGACGACGGCACAGAGCGAAAGCUCGGCGCCUGGCUCAUGCUCACAUGCUUCCAGACGUCCGUCAUUUCGUCAGCGAUGUUCCUCACGGCGAUGGCGGCCAACCCGCUUGCUGCCAACCUCACGCUCAGCACCAUCGGGCAGGGGAUCGGGUGGACGCUGUGGGCAAAGGCGGCCAUUGUGCCAGGGCUUCUGUCGCUGCUGAUUGUGCCGCUGGUCCUGUAUCUCAUCUACCCACCGGAGGUGAAGACCAGCCCUGACGCACCGCGCUUGGCCAAGGAGAGGCUGGCAAAGAUGGGACCCAUGAGCACGGAGGAGAAGAUCAUGGCCGGCACGCUUCUGCUCACGGUUGGACUGUGGAUCUUUGGAGGAAUGCUGAGUGUAGAUGCAGUGUCUGCAGCGAUUCUUGGCCUAUCUGUGCUCCUAAUUACUGGAGUUGUUACAUGGAAAGAGUGUUUGGCGGAGUCUGUAGCAUGGGAUACCCUUACUUGGUUUGCUGCGCUGAUUGCGAUGGCUGGCUACCUCAACAAAUAUGGAUUGAUUUCUUGGUUCAGCGAGACUGUUGUUAAGUUUGUUGGAGGUCUCGGUCUGUCCUGGCAACUCUCAUUCGGUGUAUUGGUGCUGAUGUACUUCUACUCCCACUACUUCUUUGCUAGUGGUGCUGCACACAUCGGAGCGAUGUUCACUGCGUUCCUGUCUGUGGCAAGUGCCUUGGGCACCCCUCCGCUUUUCGCUGCCAUGGUUAUGUCAUUCCUUUCAAACCUCAUGGGUGGCCUGACCCAUUAUGGCAUAGGGUCAGCCCCCGUCUUCUAUGGAGCGGGCUAUGUUCCGCUGGCUGAGUGGUGGGGCUAUGGAUUUGUCAUCUCCGUUGUUAACAUCAUCAUCUGGCUUGGUGCUGGAGGCUUCUGGUGGAAGAUGAUUGGUUUGUGGUGAGAAACACAGUAAAUGUGGGACUUCCUAUUUCGACGAGGGCGAACGAAACGAGCAAAACAUUUGCAAGUGGCACAGGUUGAGCUGACCACAAGUUUUGUCAACAUGAUCCAUUCUUUUAGUUUGUACCCGUACAAUUGUUUUUCUGGCAGUUACUGGCAAGUGGUAUCUGAUGUUAUGUAGUUUCUUCUGUUUAUUUUA